ACAGUGAAAAGAGUAGGAGUGUUCGCUCUCUCUCUCCUGGUCCUCCCCUACCUCCCAGCCUCCAACCUCUUCUUCCCCGUGGGCUUUGUAGUGGCUGAGAGAGUCCUCUACCUACCUAGCAUGGGCUUCUGCAUGCUGGUCGGCUUCGGGGCCUGGCAGAUGCUGAGAAACCGUCGAAAACUCGUUUCAAAGUCAACAAAAUGUCUCCUUAUAUCUCUACUGGUGUUCUAUGCGGCGAAGACUCAGCUACAAAACAGAGUGUGGAUGUCUGAAAGAGAUCUCUACGUUUCGGCGGUUCGCUCUUACCCAACAAACAGCAAGAUGUGGCAUAACCUCGGGACUCAGUUGGAGGGAGGAAUAACUCUGGAGCAGAGCGUGUGGCUGAUGCGUCGGUGUAUUGAGUAUGACCCACAGUACAUAGCAGCCUAUUCAGAUCUCGGUGUGGUGCUGACAAGACUGAACGAGAAAGAAGAGGCAGAGAAGACAUUGAACAAAGCGAUAGAGCUGAUAGAAGAGCAGUUUGCCAGUCCGACACCUCACCUGUCUCAAAGAGACAUCCUUGCCUACAUUCGACUCUCUAGUCUCAUCAAGACAAACCACACCCGUCUGCCCGAGGCACUGCGACUGUGCAAGACUGCAAUCGAGCGACUCCCGGACGAUUUCCGAGUGUUGCGAGAGACUGGCCACGUUCUACUGCACAUGGGAAAACCCACUGAGGCAAAGGUCUAUCUCCAAAAAGCCCUGGAGUUGAAGCCCUCUGAGCCAAAUGUCAACUAUCUCCUGGGAGUGACGGAAGGGGAACUGGGGAACCUGGACGUGGCAGAACGGAGUAUCCGGAGGGCCAUGAGCCUCGGUCCAGGAUCCAAUGUACAGGUGUACGCGACGGAGCUGGCCAACAUUCUGAGGAAGAUGGGCAGGAGGGAAGAAGCCGAGGCCGCUCUUGCUCAGAAUUCUCUCUCACACAAUAACUGGAACUGAAACUCAAUUCACAACAGGUUCAUUCAACAUAUAUACCACCAUUUUUAACCCAGUGUCAAAUUUUUAACCUAUCAUCGAGUCAACUCUCAUAUCUCCAACAUUAUUUUUUAGUU